AUGCGUUUGGCUCCGCUCAUCACCUGUCUGGCCGCAGUAUCACUUGCUGCCCCGACAAACUUCCUUAACGAUGCAUACGACUGGUCAGAUGAAUUGGCCGAGUUCUACGGGAAAGUAAGCGAAUAUAUCAACACCGCAAAACACAACAUCAGAGUACCGGCGGCUUGCGAUAUUUCGAAGAUUGCUCUACCCUCGCAUGCUUCGGGUAUGGCCGGCCCAUCAGGUCUCAAGCCGAAAUACGUUGCGCUCGGAAGAGGUACUCAGAACUACACAUGUGCCGACUCUACAUCCAACUCCACCCCCGCGGCAGCAGGAGCUGUCGCAAGACUUUACAAUGCGACAUGCAUUGCAGCCAACUUCCCCGACAUCCUGGCAAAGCUUCCCAAUCUUGCCUACAGACUUGCCCUGCCAACAAACGAAUAUGCCUCAUUACCUCCCGCGAACAUUGAAAUGAUGGGUCAUCAUUUCUUCUUCGAUGAAAGCACACCCGAGUUCAACUUCAACACCUCACCCAAAAAGCAAGAGGGCAUUGUCAUGGCCAAGAAAAAAGGUGCAGUUGAUGCUCCCUCAGAUGCACUAUCAGGGAAAUAUGGCGCUGUGCCCUGGCUUUAUCUCACUGCCACUGAUGGCACAGUGGGCAACUAUAAGAGUGUGUAUCGGGUCGACACUGCAGCUGGCUCUCCACCAAAGACCUGCAAGGGCAUGCCCUCUCAGUUUCAAAUGGAAUACGCUGCAAACUAUUAUUUCUUUGGAGAAUAG